AUGAUGAUAUGCCCUCCCCCCAAAACCUGUCCUACAGAAAGGUCAAAAGGUGUUUUGACCAUUGGUGAACUUGUUGAGGAGUUACGGGGUGAAAAUGCCAAGGAUAUCUGUGUGAUCAAAGUACCUUUGUCCAUGAAGUACGUUGACUUCCUGGUUAUUGUGAGUGGUUCUUCCACCAGACACUUGAAGUCCAUGGCACAGUACAUCAUAAGACUGCAUAAGGAUCGUAAAGGAGCCAAGGACAAGUUUGUGACAGUUGAAGGGGAGGACUGUGAAGACUGGAUGGCCAUUGAUCUAGGUAACAUAGCUCUACACUUGAUGCUCCCGGAGACGCGUGAGAAUUACGAGCUGGAGAAACUCUGGACGCUGGGCUCCGAGUACGAUGACCAAACACGCGCCAUCAGUUUCCUGGACUUUCCUUUCACGUUGUCAGAUCAGUUUGGAGUACUAAAAACAGAGGAAUAAGGUAGUACCAACAGCAAUAUUUCUGUAUGGUUUCUUGUGUUAAUAUAGCUUGAGGCCUUUCCUUCACUAUUGUGUUUAUCCAUACAGUACAUAUGUUUCUAUCU